CGUCUUCCUUUAAACAACUCCAAAAAAAAAAAAAAAAAAAAACAACAACAAACACAACACAACACACACACACGCUCCAGGCUUCGGGAAGCCGUAUUGUUUUAGUUGAGUGCGCGGGAGCGAGCGCGCGCGCACGCGUGUGUGUGUGCGUGUGUGCAUGUGUGUGCGCGUGCUUCCUGGCGUCUCCUCCCCGGUGCGACACAUGCAAUUAAAAGAGUACAUUUUCUAUGAUCGAGAAGAAGAAGAAGAAGAAGAGGAGGAAGAAGAAGAAGAAGAAGCAGGGGAGGAUAUUUUCUGUUUCCUAUAUGAUACACUCGGCAGCCUCAUCCUGGAGGACUGGUCCAGCUGUGCUGCUGUUAUCCUCACUACUAAUAAUAUUCCUCUUAUUGUGGUUAUGCAACGGCAAGGAUCUCGUCGCUACUUGGCUGCCUGAGCCGCCGGAUUUCGCCCGGAUCAAUCAAUGUGGUUUCUUUGGAACAUUUUCAGCAAAGGAACGCAUAUGCUGCAGUGUCUUUGUGGCAAGAGUCUCAAGAAAAACAAGAAUCCAAGUGAUCCCCAGCUCAAGGGUAUAGUGACCAGGUUAUAUUGCAGACAGGGAUACUACUUGCAAAUGAAUCCCGAUGGCUCUCUUGAUGGCACCAAGGAUGACAGCAGUAAUUCAUCUUUGUUCAACCUUAUUCCCGUGGGCCUCCGCGUCGUCGCCAUUCAGUCUGUGAAGACGGGCUUGUACAUCGCCAUGAAUGGGGAGGGUCAUCUCUACACAUCCGAGCUCUUUACGGCCGAAUGCAAAUUCAAGGAGUCGGUGUUUGAGAACUACUACGUCAUCUACUCGUCCAUGUUGUACCGACAGCAGGAGUCGGGCCGGGCCUGGUUCCUGGGUCUCAACAAAGAGGGUCAAGCCAUGAAGGGGAACCGAGUGAAGAAAACCAAACCAGCCGCUCACUUCCUGCCCAAGCCAUUAGAAGUCGCCAUGUACCGAGAGCCAUCGCUGCACGACGUGGGGGAGACGGUGCCCAAGGCGGCGGCGGUCCCGCCCAGUAAAAGCACAAGUGAGCCGGUGGUAAUGAACGGAGGUAAACCAGUCAGCAAGCCCGACAAACCCGCCACAUAGCCACACCCCUCCUACCUCGACUGUGUGCGCCGUGGCGCGCGGGAUGGGGCGAGGCUAAGGUGAUGACGGAGGCGGGGCAUUUUUCUCCCCCUCCCACCGCCCCCUUCCCUCCUCUCACUCGUCUCAAUGGCGGAUCCAUCUCUUCUCUCGCUCCUCUCCUCUUCUGCCUCGUCCUCCCUGCUUUUUUUCCCCAGCUGUCUGGGUGGAGGGAUUCUGAGCUGGGGGGAUGGAAGGAGGGUUCUCCAGCGUAGGAUAAUGGACCUCUCUGAUCCUGGAAUGCCUUUAAAAAAAAAAAAAAAAAAAAAAGACCCUCUUGAACUGGUGUGAAUGUGUGUUUUACAGCCACUUUGCUUGCUGGGGGUGCUUUGGAAAAAAAAAAAGAACUUAAAAAAAACAACGACCCGUGUUUCCUUUUCUUUGACGUACACCUGCAGAUCUAUUUUCUAUACCACGCUUCACCGGCUGUGUCCUGGGAGAGCGGCUGUAUAGAUAGAGUAAAUACUCGGACCACGGUCCUCUAUUUUUUAUUAUGCCUAUGCUCCCCUCCUUUUUCUCCUCCUCUUUCUCUUUUCUAGAUUCCUUUUCGUCAGUUAAACACACAAACACACACACACAGCUCGGAGGCUGCAAUCUUCACAUUGAUGAAGUGCUAAUUACCGCCACUGCAACAAUCAUUGCAAGGGGACGUGGGCGGGUGUACAAAAUGGUGGAUACAUAUCACAUAAAGCAAGCAAGCGAAGCAUAGAAGCCUGAAAUCUAUUUUUCUUGACGCUUAUAUCCUAGAGUGUGGGUUCUAGGAAUAUCUCUAGGCCUUGUGGGCCUCUGCUGCCGCCGACUUCUAAGAGACUUCAGUCCGUGCGACUGCGACGACCGGCUGAAACAUUCACACCUGCAAACGAAAAAGCAUGGGUUCCUCUUGUGUUCUCCGUCUCUUGCAGUGACAACUCCCUGUAUAUUGUAACAUUUUUACUGUAUAAUGAAAAAAAAAAGAUAUGAUAGGGAGCGGGGAAUGACUCUUCGUAAAAACGUUUUAAAGGAUUAUUUAUCUAACCAAGAGGAUGCGUCUCCUAGCUCAGCAUGCAGAGUCCAGUACCAAUCAUUCUGGCCUAUCACGUGCCUGUUUUCAACCUCGAUAGUUUUGUUUUUGUUCCCGGCAUGCAAAAACCGGUUACCAGUCCCCUACUGGGCCACGAAGGUGCCUCGCCCUCCCCUUAAACCCGCCCAUUCAUUUAGAGGACACGUAGCAUUCGUUAGCAUAGCGAGAAACACCCGGCUCACUCAGAAAUGACCAAAGGCUUUUUUUUUCUUUAUCGCCCUUCAACUUGUCGUCUCCUGCAGGUUGUUAUUCUACGGAAAAAAAAGUAGUAACAUCCCACCCAAAGUUGUGAGAAUAAAGUCCUUAACCAAACGGGAGAACGGAAAGUUUUUUUUCCAAGAAAAAAGUCAAAAACGAAAAAAGUUGUAAUACUGUGAGAAAAAGUCGGAAUCUGGCGAAAAUGUCGUAGCGUGUGGAGUUGUAAUUAUACAAACAAGUAAUACGAUUUCUUAAAAAGUAAGUUUAAAGUCCAUUAGCCUUGGAAAGUUUUUUUAUUUUUUUAUUUUUCAAAUGUUGCACUCUUUGGAAAGAAACAAUUAUCUGACAAGAAAAAGUCGGAAUCUUGUGAAAAUGUCAUAGCAUGAGUAGUUGUAAUUAUACAAAAAUGCACAAUAUUUCCUAAAGGACUAUAAACUUACUUUUUAUCACUGGGAAGUUUGUUUUGGUUGUUUUUAAAUGUCGCAUUUUUUAGGAAAGAAACAAUUAUGUGACAAGAAAAAGUCGUAAUCUUGAAAAAUGUCGUAGCGUUAGUAGUUGUGAUUAUACAAAAAGGUAAUAAUAUUUUUUUAAAAGUAAGUUUUGAGUACUUUAUGAUUGGAAAAUUUUUUGUUUUAUUUUAAAUGUCGCACUUUUAGGAAAGAACCAAUUAUGUGACAAGAAAAAGUCGGAAUCUUGCGGAAAUGUCGUAGUGUGAGUAGAUGUAAUUAUACAAAAAAAUUAUAAUAUUACUUAAAAAGUAAGUUUGGACUCCUUCAUCAUUGGAAAGUUGUUGGGUUUGUUUUGAAAAUGUCGCACUCUUAUGAAAGAAAUAAUUAUGUCACAAGAAAAAGUCGUAAUCUUGCAGAAAUGGUGUAGCGUGAGUAGUUGUAAUUAUACAAAAAAAGUUAUACUUGUUAAAAAGUACGUUUAUAGUCCUUUAUCAUUGGAAAGUUUAUUUUUUUAAUGUUGCACUUUUAGAAAAGGACCAACUAUGUGACAAGAAAAAGUCGGAAUCUUGCGGAAAUGUCAUGGUGUGAGUAGUUGUAAUGAUACAAAAAAGUAAUAAUAUUUCUUUAAAAGUAAGAGUAUAGUCCUUUAUCAUUGAAAAGUUUUUUUCAAAAAAAUGUUUUAACGUCGAACUCUUAGGAAAGCAAAAGUUAUGUGACAAGAAAAAGUCAGAAUCUUGCGGAAAUGUCGUAGCGCGAGUAGUUGUAAUUAUACAAAAAAUUAAUAAUAUUUCUUAAAAAGUAAGUUAAUGGUCCUUUAUCAUUGGAAAGUUUUUUGUUUUAUUUUAAAUGUCCCACUUUUAGGAAAGAAACAAUUAUGUGACAAGAAAAAGUCGUAAUCUUGCGAAAAUGUCGUAGCGUUAAUAGUUGUAUUUAUACAAAAAUUGUAUAAUAUUUCUUAAAAAUUAAGUUUGAAGUCCUUUAUCAUUGGAAAGUUUUUUUUUUUGUUUUUUUAAUGUCCCACUCUUAAGAAAAAAACAAUUAUGGGACAAGAAAAGGUCGGAAUCUUGCAAAAAUGUCAUGAUGUGAGUAGUUGUAAUUGUACAAAAAGUAAUAAUGUUUCUUAAAAAGUGAGUUUAUGGUCCUUUGUCAUUGAAAAUGUUUUUUUUUUUUUUUUUUUUAAAUGUCCCACUCUUAGGAAAGAAACAAUUAUGUGACAAGAAAAAGUUGGAAUCUUGCGGAAAUCUCGUAGCGUGAGUAUCUGUAAUUAUGCAAUAGAUUAAUAAUAUUUCUUAAAAAGUAAGUUUAUAGUCCUUUAUCAUUGGAAAGUUAAUUUUUUUAAUGUUGCACUUUUAGGAAAGAACCAAUUAUGUGACAAGAAAAGACGGAAUCUUACGGAAAUGUCAUAGCGUGAGUAGUUGUAAUAAUACAAAAAAGUAAUAACAUUUUUUAAAAAGUAAGAGAAUGGUCCUUUAUAAUUCUAAAGUUUUUUUGUUUUGUUUUGUUUUUAUGUUGCACUUUUGGAAAGAAACAAAACAAUCAUGUGACAAGAAAAAGUCGGAAUCUUGUGAAAAUGUCAUUGCAUGAGUAGUAGUAAUUAUACAAAAAAAUCAUAAUAUUUCUUAAAAAUAAAGUUUAUAGUCCUUUAUCAUUAGAAAGUUCAUUUUUUUAAUGUUUCACUUUUAGGAACCAAUUAUGUGAGAAGAAAAAGUCGGAAUCUUGCGGAAAUGUCGUAGCGUGAGUAGUUGUAAUCAUACAAAAAAGUAAUAUUAUUUCUUAAAAAGUAAGUUAAUAGUGCUUUAUCAUUGGAAAGUUUUUUUUUUUAAAUGUUGCACUUUUAGGAGAGAAACAAUUAUGUGACAAAAAAAUCGUAAUCUUGCAAAAAUGUCAUAGCGUGAGUAGUUGUAAUUAUACAAAAAAAUGUACAAUACUACUUCGUAAGUAAGUUGGGAGUCCUUUAUCAUUGGAUAGUUUUUUGGGGGUUUUUUGGGGGAAAAUGUCGCACUCUUGGGAAAGAAAAAAUUAUGUUACAAAAAAGUCGGACUCUUGCGAAAAUGUCUGUAUUACUGCGUGCCUUAGUCUACAAAAUGUAAUUACACAAAAAAAGUAAUCAUAUUUCUAAAAAAAGUGUGUUUAUAAUCCUUUAUCAUAGAAAGGUAUUUUUGUAACAAGAAAAAGUUGGACUGUUGCAAAAAUGUCAAAGUCUUAAGACUAAGGAUGGGUACCGAAUCCAGUACUUUUUUUGGCAGCGACAAAAUCCUGGCCGAUCAUACAGGGCACGAUUCACGUAAAAUCUUUGUUACGGCACCUGGGUUGGGCGUGAUAGCGGACUCAGCCAAACUACCUCUCGGUAAUGUUGCAAUUCUUAAUGCCAACAAAUAAAUUUACUUAAAGAACAUUCCAACGUAAGUAAAGUAAGCCUCCACUUUUUCAAAAUUGUGCUAGCUUAAUGCCAUACGUAUUGGCUUUCCUAUUACAUGACGAUUUCAACACCUCCAAAUUUGUUAGUAAAAACUACAACUAAGAUGUACAUUACAGUCAAACAGCUGGUGCAUAAUAAGUACCAUGCUUACAGUAUUAACACUUUUUAGGGCGUAACAAAGAACAAAACAAAAACACCAUUAACUAUACAUUAUUGCCAUCUAACGUCUUGGACUUACAUUUAAAUGUCAAACUUGCAAAUGAUAAUAUGAUGAUAAUAAAACAAUAUAUAACAACUGGACAGCAUUUAUCGUAAUUAGCACGUUUUUUUAAAAGUUGCGGUAAAAAAAAGGUUUUAUUUUGAAAAACAAUUAAUAUUUACACAGACAAAAGUACCAAAAAAUCGGUACUGUAUAGUACCGGUAUUGGUUCCCAAGUACUGGAAAUUUUACCCAUCCCUAUUUAACACAUACAAAGUAAUGUACUGAGAGUAUAGAGUCUUUAAUUGUAUGUAAGACCGAAAAGUAUUUUUCUGAGGAAAAAUGUCCAACUUCUAAAGGAAAACAUUUUGUUUAAAAAAAGCUUAGAAUCUUGCGAAAAUGUUUUAGCUUACAAGAUUGCAAGGUGUUUAACAACAUUAAAAAGUACUAAUAUUUAAAAAAGACAACAUUUUCAGAAUAAAGUCUGUGAUCCUGUAAAAUAAUGAAAAAUAUUUUUACAGGAAAAAAUGUUGCGCUCUUUAAAGGAAACAAAUCCUGCAAAAAAAUGCCCAAGUGUUCCUUUUUGCGCUCAGUUUCCAAUUUUGUUCACUGUCACUCUGAAAUGACUAAAAGUUUUUGAACCUAACAAGCCAAUAAAGGCCUACUGAAAUGAGAUGUUCUUAUUUAAACGGGAAUAGCAGGUCCAUUCUAUGUGUCAUACUUGAUCAUUUUGCGAUAUUGCCAUAUUUUUGCUGAAAGGAUUUAGUCGAGAACAUCAACGAUAAAGUUCGCAACUUUUGGUCGCUAAUAAAAAAGCCUUGCCUGUACCGGAAGUAGCAGACGAUGUGCGCGUGACGUCACUGGUUGUAGGGCUCCUCACAUCCUCACAUUGUUUACAAUCAUGGCCACCAGCAGCGAGAGCGAUUCGGACCGAGAAAGCGACGAUUUCCCCAUUAAUUUGAGCGAGGUUGGAAGAUUCGUGGAUGAGGAUAGUGAGAGUGAAGGACUAGAAAAAAAAAGGCAAGGGCAGUGGGAGCAAUUCAGAUGUUAUUAGACACAUUUACUAAGAUAAUUCUGGAAAAUCCCUUAUCUGCUUAUUGUGUUACUAGUGAUUUAGUGAGAUUAUAUGGUACCUGAAAGUCGGAAGGGUGUGGCCACGGGUGUGGUGACCGCCAGUGUCUCCGGCGGGAGGAGGUAAUAGUUUGCAGCUGCAGGAGGACGCAAGCUCCGCUCAUGUCUACGGUAAGAGCCGACUUAUUAGCACAAUUUUCUCACCGAAGCCUGCCGGUUGACAUGUGGUCGGGAACCAUGUUCGCUUGACCGCUCUGUUCCAUAGUAACGUUUCACCUUCGGGAAUGUAAACAAGGAAACACCGGCUGUGUUUGUGUGGCUAAACGCAGCUGCAAUAUACCGCUUCCCACCUACACCUUUCUUCUUUGACUUCUCCAUUAUUAAUUGAACACAUUGCAAAAGAUUCAGCGACACAGAUGUCCAGAAUACUGUGUAAUUAUGCGAUUAAAGCCGACUACUUAUAGCUUGGAUCGGGCUGGAAGAAAAUGUCCGCUACAACCGGUGAUGUCAAACGCACGUGUCAUCAUAAGCGUCAUCAUUCCGCGACGUUUUCAACAGGAUACUUCGCGGGAAAUUUAAAAUUGCAAUUUAGGAAACUAAACCGGCCGUAUUGACAUGUGUUGCAAUGUUAAUAUUUCAUCAUUGAUAUAUAAACUAUCAGACUGCGUGGUCGGUAGUAGUGGGUUUCAGUAGGCCUUUAACAAAAAAAAAGUAGUGAUAUUCACAAAAGUGUGAGAAUAAAGUCCUUAUUCUUACGCCAAAUUUCUUCCCCCCCUACAAAAACCUUCCCCCCGGAAGACAUUUGCCGUGACAGCCCCUCUAAUGCCGGGAGGACCCCAAUGAGGGUGAAAGGACCUUUAAGCAGCCCACACAGCUGCCUGUUUUAAAAGCAUUAUAAUUAGCUGAUUGGUGAAAAAUAACGGUGAGGAAAAAAUAUUAGCAUUCCAGCAUGCUAACCUUUCAAGCUAUUUUUGCUUCACUAAUUUUGCAGCUGUAACCCUUAAGAGUCAUAUAACUUGCUUAAAGCAGCCCACACAGCUGCCUGUUUUAAAAGCAUUAUAAUUGGCUGAUUGUCAUUGGUGAAAAAAUAACGGUCAGGAAAAAAUAUUAGCAUUCCAGCAUGCUAACCUUUCAAGCUAUUUUUCUUCGCUAAUUUUGCUGCUGUAACCCUUAAAAGUCAUAUAACUUGCUUAAAGCAGCCCACACAACUGCCUGUUUUAAAAGCAUAAUAAUUAGCUGAUUGGUGAAAAAUAACGGUGAGGAAAAAAUAUUAGCAUUCCAGCAUACUAACCUUUCAAGCUAUUUUUGCUUCGCUAAUUUUGCAGCUGUAACCCUUAAGAGUCAUAUAACUUGGUAUUAUCACGCCCUCACUGGGGUCCUUCAGGCAUUAGAGGGGCUGUCACGCAAAAUAUCUUCCGGGGGGAAGGUUUUUGUUUGGGGGGAAACAAUUUGGCGUGACAGCCGCUCUACCAACCGAGCUAUACUGCCCCCUUAUUCAUAGAUGUCUUUAUGUCUUAGGGCCUGAUUUACUAAAAAUGUUUGUGUGUACUAAAACAUGUGCAAACCUGAUGGAUAGAUAGUACUUUAUUGAUCUAUUUAUCAGGUUUGCAGGUGUUUUUAGUGAUAGCAUUUACAAAGCCAAUCUCCUAAGCGUGUGCAAAGUGGAUUGCGUCCUUUCAGUGAGCAGAAAAAGUCGUGCUAUCCAUUUUCUGUCUCUGGUCUUCAUCAAAAUGCUAAAUACAUGCUGAUCAUUAAAAAAAGUAGUACUAUUCACAGAAGUGCACAUGCUGUGUUAGUAAAUCAGGCCCUUACAAGAACUAUUGUUUCUUUGAAAAGUCGCCUCGUCAGGGGGGAAAAAUAUCAAUCCUUUUCAGGUAAUAAAAAUGACUCUCAUAACAUUGGCUUUAACUUAGUAGAACGUUGUCAAAUGUAAGUUUGGGACUUUUUCUCGCCAUAUUACGACUUUAUUCUCCCAAAUAUGGUGACUUUCUCCUCACAGUAUUACUCUCUCCUUCACCCUGCUCACUCUCAAAUGACCAAAAGCAUAUUUUCUUUCGACCUUUCCAGAUUUAGCUUUCACUGUGAUGGCUUCUUUUUGCCGUUGUUUUAUCCCAGACAGAUCUCCCCACUUUACUCGCAGAGGUCUCUACUUGAUGUCAUUUUACUACAAAGGUGUGUCUGCCUUCCAUGAGUCACCUGCAUGUCGUCAUGGCGGCCGAUAUACAACAAAGAAAAUAGCGUUAGGAGUACUCGGACAUAGGCAUGUCGCAGGCUACGGCGCUCCUCGAAAGCUAUACUCUGCACUUUCAACUUCUGCCCUCGUCACGACUGUUAGCGGAUGAUGACCGAUCCUUUGUCUUGCGCUGAUUGUUUUACCCCUCAGCCCGACGAGUCUUGCCGUUUUACGUAGGGAAAUGUCUACUUUAUCGGACAGAGACGCGACCGUACGGACGAUAUUAGUUACGAUUUGUCGACGCGGCGUUCGUUCUGUUGUAACCAAACAACCGCCAAUUGGUCAACUUCUUCUUGGUUGUUAAACAAAAAUCUGUUUGGAUCCACGUGGCCACUUUCCUUUAUCCGCAUUUCUUCGUACGAUUUGUUAUUUUUCCACGUGAUGUACUGUAAUUUUGUUGGAGUGAAGAACUGCAUGUCGAUCACCAAACUGUUGGUAUGUACUGAUCUUCUGUUCUUUUUCCUUCAAAAUACAUAUUUGCAAUAUGGGUUUGUCCACACGAUCCAGCUGUUUUGCGUUGUAUACAAAUGUACACAAGAAGUUGAUUAUGUACUGUAUAUGAAGUGUAAUGUAGUAUAUUACUGCACACGGCAUUUUAAGGAGGUAAAGUGCUUCAACAUUUGGUGGUUUAGGAGUUAGGGCCACACUGACCAAAAAACAACAUUGUAUUGUGACAAGAAACAGUUAUUUAUCCUAGAAAAAAAUUGGUGUAAUUAGGGCUGGGGGAUAUGGAUGAAAAAGUAUAAUAUAUAAAAAAUAUAUAUUUUUACUUGAACUCAAUAUUCGAUAUAUAUCUAGAUAUAUUUUCCUCUGAAAGUAUACAUAUAAAGAUAUUCAUUUUUGAGCGAGAUUCAGUGAAUUUGAAGUGAAUGACAACUGUACUGUAAAGACUUUUAUUAAUCCAGUUAGGAAAUAUGUAUAAUAUGUUAAAUUAUACAGUAUGAAACAAAUAAAAAAAAUUAAAAAAGUCAUGUUUUUUUUUAGAGUGGGAAAAAAAAAAUCUAAAUUAUACUGGAGAAAAUUGUUUUUUUGUGACAAAAGCCUUACAAAAAAAAUGUUAUAUGAUCAAAAACCAAAGUCGAAGUGUUCCAAAAAUGAAGACGUAAUCCAAACUAUGUUGUAAUCUUAUCAAAAAGUUGACUAUUUUGAGGGAAAAAGGUAAAAAUGGCAAUGUUGAAAUCUUUGCAAGAAAGGUUUGGACAAAUGCAGAUUUUGCCACGUAAGGACUAAAAUGUGCUUUUGGUACGCUGUAAAAAUUAAUCCAAAUAUAACUAGAUUAACAGGAAAUUAACCGUGAAUAUAUAUAUAUAUUCCAGAAACCUGAGGGUUGCAGGUUCGCUUCCCACCUAUUAACAUCCAAAAUCGCUGCCGUUGUGUCCUUGGGCAGGACACUUCACCCUUGCCCCCGGUGCCGCUCACACCGGUGAAUGAAUGAUGAGUGAAUGAUUGGUGGUGGUCGGAGGGUCCGUAGGCGCAAACUGGCAACCACGCUUCCGUCAGUCUACCCCAGGGCAGCUGUGGCUACAAAUGUAGCUUACCACCACCAGGUGUGAAUGAAUGAUGGGUUCCCACUGCUCUGUGAGCGCUUUGAGUAUCUAACAAUAGGAAAGCGCAAUAUAAAUCUAAUCCAUUAUAUAUAUAUAUAUAUAUAUAUAUAUA